UAUUUGGUAACUAAACUUUACAGAGUGCUUGAAUAUUCAGAAUAUGAUGAACAUCUUUUUCAGCCAUAUAUUAGCCAAUUUAUGUCUCAGAAGAUACACGCUUCUGGCUUUGACCAUAAUAUUAAGGGAAAUGUAGAAAAGGAAAAUCAAUUCAUAAACGAGUGCAAAGAAAUGUUUGGAAUAAAUAUUGAAAAAGAAAAAAUGGAAUUAAAUAAGGGAAAAAGAACCUUGGCAAAAUUAAGUUUAAAUAAUUUAUGGGGUCGUUUCUCCCUUCGGAAUUUUGGUUUAACACAAUGCCAGAUUACGGAUGACCCUUCAGAAUUAUGCAAAAAAUUUGAAGACAAUACAAUAGAAAUCAACUCAAUUGACGAGCUUACUGAAAAUGUGAUUCUUAUAGGAUAUAUAAAAAAUAAAGAUUUUGUGGAAGAACAUCAAUGUUCUAAUGUAAUUAUUUCAUUAUGGACGACUUCGGCAGCGAGGAUUCACCUGUUGCAUGCAAUGCAAAAGGUUGUCAGGACUCCUGGCUGUCAACUUCUAUAUACGGACACAGAUUCCUUAAUUUUCACUCAUCCAAAGAAUAUUUGUCCUCUUGAACUUGGUCCCCACUUAGGUCAAUUUACUGACGAGUACCCCAAUCAUGAAAUAAUCGAAUACUGCUCGGGUGGGGCGAAACAAUAUGGCUUAAAAUUACAAAAGAAGUCGAGUACAGAGGUAGAAUAUGUUUUAAAGGUGAGAGGAAUAACACUCAAUAAUGAUAUUAUUAAAAAUCAGGGGUUAUAUUACGAAACAUUUAGGGAACAAAUUUUUAAUUUUACAAAAUUUAAUAAUAUUCCUAUACAAAUUGUCUACCCAAAUUUCUUAAGACCAUCAAUUCGAUCCGGCACUGUGACCUCUUAUCCCCUUAAAAAAAUUUAUAAGCCAUUUGUUGGCAAGGGUAUAGUCCGCCCUUCGGACUUUACCGUUCUCGACUUUGGAUAUGUAAGCAACCGUCACCCACGUAUUUCAUUUUGAAUUUU